AUGUCCAGCCGCUUGCCCAAACUCAUUGCAUUAGAUCUUGACUACACUCUGUGGGAUCUAUGGAUAGAUACCCAUGUCACGCCACCGUUCCGUCGGGACAAUAAUACCGUGAACUGUGUCCGGGAUAGACACAACCAUGAAAUCGCCUUUUACCACGACGUGCCAGAGAUCUUGCACCGCUUGCGUGCAGCAGGGGUUAUUGUUGCAGCCUGCUCGCGUACGGGAGCACCAUCGCUAGCCCGACAGGCACUUGGAUUGCUCUUAGUCCCGCCUAAAGCAGGAGACAAGCACGGUUCACCAACUCCGGCGAUCAAGUUCUUCGAUCAACAAGAAAUAUACCCUGGAUCCAAGAUCACUCACUUCAAGAAGCUACAUGACAAGACGGAUCUCCCUUACUCUGAGAUGCUGUUCUUCGACGACGAGAGCAGGAAUCGCGAGGUCGAGUCCCUAGGGGUAACAUUCUGCCUUGCUCCAAAUGGCCUGGAUGAGCGUACAUUCCAAAAAGGCCUCAACGAAUGGCGGAAGCGGCAUCCAGUCGAAGUUGUUGAGGGGCCAUCUGAUACAGCCGGUGGAGACAAGUAA